AGGAGCAUGAGAAACUCAGAGCAGAAAUUGAAGGAGAGAAUAAAGAACUACGUUCUCUAAACAUGCAAUUGCAGCAACAAUUGCUGAAGGCACUGAAAUCCUCAUCAACAGCAAAGUACAGUGAUCCAGGAACUCCAAGCCCAAAGGAGACCUUACAAAUUGCAGAGUCUGGCUGUUUGAAUGAGGUGGAACCAUCUGUAUCUUCAAAAGGAGAUGAGAUUCACUUGGGGGGAGAUGUUCGAGUGCGUAGAGAGGCCUGGUCAAGGAUUCAAAACAGCACGCGGGAUUCCUUAUUUGUGAAGGAGUUGGCAGUGGCAAUCUGGGGCACUAAGACUCUGGGGGAAAGAAGUCUCACAGGGAAGGAAUGCCCCACAACCAAAACCAGCAGGCAGCCUUUAACCCCCCAGAAACUUCAGACAUUAAAAGUCUGCUACAAGGAGUGGCUUUACUAAAAGAAUGUGGAGGAGACAGAGUUACAGGCCAGAUGGGUAAAGGCUGGACGGUUCAUCACAGAAAAAAUUAUGGACAUUAACAGACUAAAAAAAAAAACUUUAAAAUGUGAGUAUGAGGUUCCAUUUGUGCCAAAAAUGAGUCGACUGCUUUGUGCUUUGUACUACAGAUUUGUCCUCGUCAACAGUAACCUGUUAACAGUUGCCUACUUUUUCUGAUAAAUUAGUAUACAUUAUGUUGAUGUGUAUGCUCUCUGUUUAUGUCAUUUUGUUCUGUCAUCUUCACUGUAU